CGCCCGCCGCCGAUGCGCAUGCGCUACCGGGCGGGCUUCUGGUAUUUUCGGCGACUGCUGGGCGUUGGCGCUUUCAGAAGGCGGAGGCGACGGUUGUGUGCAGAAGGUGAAUCUUUUGAGCUGCUUCUCGGUUGGAAAAAGCAGACUACCGGGGGCUCCUGUUGUCUCACACUGCUUUAGGGGUCGGUUUCGUGAGCUGCGCAGCCGAGCCAUGACGAGCUACGUGAACGAUAUGUGGCCCGGUUCUCCCCAGGGGAAGGACUCCCCUUCGGGCUCCGGGACGGGCCGUUCCAGCCGCCUCUCGUCGAGGUCGCGAAGCACGUCGUCGUCUGCGAGCUCUCGGUCCGCCUCGAGCCGCUCGUCGCGCUCGUCGUCCCGCAGUCGCAGCAGGUACCGGCGGAGCCGGUCUCGGUCCCAGUCCCGCCGGCGCCACCAGCGGAAGUACCGCCGCUACUCGCGCUCCUAUUCGCGGAGCCGCUCGAGGUCCCGCAACCGCCGGUACCGGGAGAGGCCGGCGCCUCGGGCUUACCGGAGGUACUACCGCUCGCCCUCUCGGGGCCGCUCCCGCAGCAGGUCCAGGUCCCGCGGGCGCUCGUACUACCGGAGAGCUUACCCGGGGUCCCACGGGCGAAGGUACUACGGCUUCGGCCGGACGGUCUAUCCAGAGGCCCACAAGAGCUGGAGGUACCGGUCCCGGUCCCGGUCCAGAUCCCGAUCCCGCAGCCCGACGCCUCUGCGCUUAAGUGAAAAAGAUAGGAUGGAACUUUUAGAAAUAGCAAAGGCUAAUGCAGCCAAAGCUUUAGGAACAGCCAAUAUUGACUUGCCAGCUAGUCUCAGAACUGGUCCAUUAUCUAAAGACACAAAUGGUGGAAAACAAGUACAGGGUGAUGCUACAAAACUUGUUGAGCUGUCAGGAAGAUUAAAUGAGGAUGUCAUUAAAACCUCAAAUGAAAGUUCUUCCCAGCAGAGAAGCCUACCUUUCAGCCCUGCUAAUUCUGUAGCAAAUCCAGUACUUCAGAAAACAGCUAUAGAGACUGGGGGAUCUCCUAAGGAAGAUGUGAAAAGCCAGAGUUCAUAUGGACAGUGGAUUCCUAUCAAGAAAGAGGAAAAUAGUUUGCUUUUAAGUUCUCCUAAAACAGCCCUGUCUUUCAAAUUCUAGUAUGUCUAGUAUCAUCCCUUCCUCAUGAGUCAUGAGAAGCAGAAAGCUAUCUUUAGCUAUAAAAGACAGUUUGAAAUCCUGGCAUGAAAAGAUUAAGUACUUUAAUGUAUCAUCUUAGGUUUCUUUUCCAGAUAAGUGAAAUGAGCACAAAUGGACCAGAAAUCACAGGUGGGAUUUUUAUUAAUGUAUGUAGAUAUUUGUAAAUAUUUGUAUGUUCUUGCAGUGGGUUAAAUAUAGCCAGUACUAACUUAAUUCAGUAACUGAACAGCUGCAUGUUGACAUUGUAUAUAUUUUCAUUGUAAAUAAAAUCUAAUUUACUUUUUUUA